CACGUACGACCAUAUGCAUAUGUUUGUUGUUAUUCCUAAAUUUUCUUGAAAUGUUUCGUAUUUUGUUUAGAUAUAACAAAAAUUUUUUAAAAUCCGUUCUUAAAGGAAAAAGAUCAUACGCUACAAAUCCAAAGUUUCAAAAUACUUUAAUCAUUGGAAAUCAUACAUACCAGACAGAUAAUUGGACAAAUGUUACUCCUAAAAUUUUAUCAUUUAUAGGAUUAAAUAAACAUUUAAAAAAAAAUCACCCUCUUUCAAUAAUACGACAAAGAAUAAUUAAUUAUUUCUACUCAUCAUAUACCUCUAGUAGAGGUAACCCUUUAUUUAGCGUGUACGAUCAAUUACAUCCAGUGGUAACUGUUGAACAAAAUUUUGAUAGCUUAUUGAUCCCAAAAGAACAUCCAAGUCGUUCAAAAUCAGAUUGCUAUUACAUUAAUGAUAAAUAUUUGCUUCGGGCGCACACUACUGCUCAUCAAGUAGAUUUGAUUAGAUCUGGUUUGGAUAAUUUUCUUGUGUGUGGAGAAGUGUACAGAAGGGAUGAGAUUGACAAGACACACUUUCCUGUUUUCCAUCAAUUAGACGCGGUUCGAUUAAUUACGCGAGAUAAGUUAUUUGAGCAGAAUCCAGAUUUAGAAAUAUUUGAAACUCAUUUUAAAACCAAUUUAAAUCAUUGCUCUCCAGUUGCUUCUUCAAGUUCCAAAUGCAUCGACCAAUCCAAGCAACCAUGUCAUACAAUGGAAGCUGUCAAAUUAACAGAAUUUGAAUUGAAAUCUGUUCUUUUAGGACUAGCUAAAGAAUUAUUUGGUAAAAAUAUCGAAUAUAGAUGGGUUGAUACAUACUUUCCUUUCACCCAGCCAUCUUGGGAAUUGGAAAUAUUAUAUUUAAAUAACUGGCUAGAAGUUCUUGGAUGUGGUAUUAUGAGGGAUGAAAUAUUAAAAGAAGCAGGAGUACAGAAUUCAAUUGGAUACGCCUUUGGAUUGGGUUUAGAAAGAUUAGCAAUGGUUUUAUUCGAUAUUCCCGAUAUUAGAUUAUUUUGGAGUAACGAUACUGGCUUUCUGUGUCAAUUUAGUGAAAAAAAUAUUAAAAUUUUGAAUAAAUAUAAACCUAUUUCUUCAUAUCCACAAUGUGUGAAUGAUUUGUCAUUUUGGUUACCAGAGAAAAUUGAAGAUCAAUUUCAUUUGAAUGAUUUUUAUGAUUUGGUUAGAAAUAUAGGCGAGGAUAUUGUGGAGCAGGUGACAUUACAAGAUAAAUUUAAACAUCCUAAAACUGGUAGAGUCAGCUUGUGUUUAAGAAUUAUAUAUCGGCAUAUGGAACGAACAUUAACUCAGGAUGAAGUAAAUCGAAUACAUAAAAAAAUUGCGGAUGCUUGUGUAAAACAAUUCAACGUUAAAAUAAGAUAACUUAAAUAUAGCUAUCCAAAGAAAACUAAAUUAUUAAUUUUAAAUAUCCUUACAGAUACAUAUAUUUAUGUUAAAGUAUACAAAUUUAUGUAAAUUUUUUCGUUAUGAUUAAGAUUUAACAAUUUACAUAAAAAUAUUGAACUAAAAUACAGUAUUUGUUUUGGGUUGUAUAUUUUUCAAGAAA